GUCAAGCUAAAGCGAAAACAAAAGGGCAAAACGUAAAGAGCAGAGGAGAGGAGCCCUCCUUCUUCUUCCUCAAUAAGCUUCAGCUUAAGAAGGACUCUUUCGCUGCCCAGUUGAUAAAAAAAGGAAAGACUUUAUCAUCAGGUUUGAUUAGGUGUUACUCAUAUCAGUUGAUAAAGUCUCAACCUUUCCAGAUCUUUCGGUGCUCCGUUUACUUCAAUCGAUGGGUGGUUGCCUGGCUUGCUACAGAGAACCUAGACCAACUGAAACUCUAAAGGAUCCACCUUUCAAUUCCACAGCUAAAAAGUUUAAGAAGAAACCAAACGUCUCUGAAGAUUUUUGGUCAACUAGCACAGUUGAUAUGGACAACACUACCUUCCCUUCUCAGGGGAGUAUAUCAUCAUCUAACCAUACUUUUGAUUCUCAGUCUGGUGCUAGAAACUUAAAUCCCCCUCCGGAAUUUGUAAAUCAAGGUCUUCUUCUUUGGAAUCAGACCCGGGAGCGUUGGGUGGGCAAGGAAAAACAUAAUAACCCACCGGAUCCUAGUCAAGGAGCUAAGAUAAAGUAAAUAGCUGGAUUAAGUAAUACACACUUUUCUCUCCUCUAAGUUUGAAAACUUUUAACCAUAUUGUAUUUCCAUUAUAUGCAGUUGGAACACAGCAUCGUAUGAUAGCUUACUUGGGAGCAACAAGUUAUUUCCUCAACCCAUUCCUCUCAAUGAAAUGGUGGAUUUUCUAGUUGAGGUUUGGGAACAAGAAGGUCUAUAUGACUAAUGAACAAGACAUGAAAGACAGCACACUUAUACACACACAAUGGUUCCGAGUCAUUUAAGAUUUUUUUUUUCUUUUUUCGGUUUUGGUUUGAUUUCUGAAACCCCUUGUUGUAGUAUCAUCUUUCAUUUGGAAUUUGAUCUAGAAACCUGGAAUGUGGCUCAAUGAGAAAAUCCCUUGUUGUACCCAUCUCUCAGUCUAGAGAGGCUUAAUACUGAUGUCUUGAUUUGACCAAUCAUUAUCUCAAAAUCUAAGACAGUAAGACAUGUCUUGUGUCUCCUGUCCGGCUUACCUAAGCUUUUGUAAUUAUAUGGUAGGGUCAAUGCUUCACUGGAUUAGAUAUUGCUUACAAAAGAAGAAUAUGUACCUUCUUUAUUUGUGUGGACUAGAUUUCGAUCCGCGCAACCGCGCGGGUGGUUGUUUUCGUUUAUAGCUAGAUAUAUAAACAUUUUGUUUUCACUUGUAAAUUGGUA